GAGAUUUUACUUUUAGGCUAUUUUCUGCGAGCGCUGACAGGCGAUUAUCGGUGCUCCAUGUAAACAUAUGAUUAACAGACAUCUAUAAAUAACACGGACACAUUUGUCAUAAGGAGAAAAUAUGGAGCAACGGGAAAAUGUUUAACCAAUAGCCUAUAUUGACACUAUGUUACGGUGUUAUAGGCUAUGAUACAGUCCAAGUCGACGAUUUAAUACACGCUUAUUUUAAAGCCUUUGAAUACAAAAAUAUCGUAUGUCAGCAAUAGGGUUGUGAUGAUUUGUAGCACAACAGUUUAUAAAGCGUGGAGUGCUUUCCUACAGUGAUUACGGCUAACCUUUAAUUUGGAAUAUUCAACAGUCAUGCCUGGAGCCAAUCACAUGAGGAGAUGUCGCCUACGUCAUCACGUUCAAGGAACGUCUGCUUUUAGCGGCCGAAUUCAAAAUUAAUUCAGCCAAUUUUUUUAUAGUAAAACGCCGAUUGAAUUUACAAAGCGAACAUCCCAGUUUUUCAACAUGGCGAUCAAGAGGAUCCGCUCGGAGUACAUGAAGAAAUUCAAAGACCCCAAAUGGGAGACCUACACUAAGUGUUAUGAGGAGAUGCUGAAGUACAGGCUGACCCGCAGGCUGCUGGAGCAAACACACAACCCCUGGUUCUGGAGUGGCCCCGACAGUGAUUCAGAGUCUGGAGAAAGAAGCCCCCCUCCUCCCAGCAAGAACCAGGUAGGGUCCGAGACCAGCAGAGACAGGAUGGAGGCUGAGCUGGAGGAGUGUGAGGGGGCGAGGGUGGACAGACAGCAGGAGCAGCAGAGCAGAGCCAUGCGGUCGGUACCCAGGCUUCCCCUCCAAGAAGAGGAGAAUGUGUCUGCUCGACAGUCUGCAGUCCAUGGCGCACAGGUUGAAGGUGCCAAAGAGACAGGAGUACUAGAGGAGGAGAGAGAGGAGCAGACUCACAGGGAACAAGACAGAGCGAGAGAAACUGGAGGAUCCCGACUACAGCAAAGUAAACCCUCCAAAUCCUCAAAGCAAACAUGGCGCUCACAGCGGGUCAGACCUGCACCCACACGGCAGCCCGGGGACGACAGUAAGGAGAGCAGACAUCCUUUCGCUCUGUACGCUUCAGGAGAGAAGAAUUCAAACAUGGCAAGCAAGAAGACACACAAUGUUGGCCCUGCAGCUUCGACUACUGAGAUCCAUGAGUCGGCUCUUCGUGCAAAGACCAGGCGGGAGGUGGAGCACCAGAUCCAGACCCAGAGGACCGAGCGCCGGAGAGCCAAGUCUGCCGAUCUGGACAAGGCCAGAAAGUUGGUUCAACCAGAAUUCAACCCCUGGCUCACUGAGUACAUGCGCUCCUUCUCAGCUCGCUCCCGAUAGGACACACACACACACACACACACACACACACACACACACACACACACACACACACACACACACACUCAGCAGAAAUACUUACGUCAGGUGUGAUUCCAGACAAAACAUAAAGCCAUUAUUGCCUUCCACCCCUGAAAUUUAAAUACCCAUAGAGAGUAAAUAGAACAUGGGGUGGAUUGAUUUAUACAAACGAUCCAAAAUUUGUGUCACUCUCAGAUUCAGGGUGUAAACUGAUACAACUUUGAAAUUCACUGUGUGGCUUAUUCCCCCAGAUGUGUACUGUCAUGUUUUUUUUUUGUUUUUUUUAUAAAAAUCUUUUUUUUUAAUACAUACAAUAAGAAUCAUUUUACAGGGUAUAAGAUACUCUUGAAAGUAAAUUUAUAAUAAAUAGAUUCAUCCACCACAUACACAUAUUUUGAUUAGAAUGAAGAAGCAUUUUACAGCCAUACUUUGAUGCAGUCCCUUUAAACAGGCUAUAUAAAAUGUGUCCAUGUUUUUGAUACAGGGAUAUCAAACCACAGUGGAUUCACACAGGAGUUAUGAAAACACAUGGCAGCAUGUCUGAUUAGAUCCAGCCACAUUUUUAAAAACACAUGAAAUGUGAGACCACAAAUGUGAAGAAUAUACAUACACUUAUUGUAUACACAUAUUAACAAAACCAAACAGUCAAAAUGUUUGUAUUCCACAAAGUUCUGCUAAGCACAGCAAGAUGGCUUAACCAACUGGAAGUUUGUCUUAAAUGUAUGCAGCUUUACAGUACAAAGUAUUGAUUGUCUUACAGAAAUAGCUCUGUCUGUUUGUUUAAGAUUUUUACAGCUUUUGAUUUUCAGAUCACUUAGCGCUGUGAACUGGUUCUCGUAGAUUUAAGUAAAAUCACAGUUGUGUGAUGUGGCACAUUUUCCACACGAGGGCUCGGAUGAACAGACAGACACCGACUGGCAAGUGAACAGACGUUUAUUUCAACACCAAAGUACUUCUCACAAAAAAAAGUUGCGGUACAGGUUUGUCCGUCAAAUGUCCAACAUUUAAGGCAAAUACUCACCGGUGCGUCAACCUUCCUUCAGCCACUGCAGCUGAUGCCCAGCCACACCCACCCUGCCACAGUGUUAUCUUGAAAUAGUUUGAUAACAACAUUUGUGUUUGUUCUUUAGUUGUGUUAAUGUGCGUGUACAGUAAUCAACUGACCUGGUGACAUCGCAGUGUGAAAAUAGAUGUGUGUGUGUGUGACUUUUAAAGCCAUUGGAUGACUGUGAAAUGUGUUUCUGUUAAACAUUCACUGGCCAUGGGACUCUUUCCACCAUAACAAUGUAACAUUAAUGAUGACAUACAGCUAAUUUAGAUUCUUUUGUUGAGGUCAAAUUUAUUUAUCAUUACUCUUACUGAAUAUGCUGUAGAACCAAAAGAGGAACCAUAACAACAAUGGACAUUAAGCUGACGCCUCAAUGAAAUACAUGAGUACAUAUUGCUGAUUUACUGCUUACUUGUUAAAGUAGCGUACGCUCUGAAGCAGGACCAAAUCAAUAUGCACUUUGAUAAUUAGUCACCUUUUUGAAAUAAUAUUUGACCAGAAUACCUGGCAACCGAUUUAGGUUUUCAUGUAAUUUUUUUAUUUUAUGAAUCUCUGUAUAUUUGUUUGUAUGUGUGUAGUCAUUGUUAUUUGUAAUUAUCCAAACCAAGAUAAAUCAGAUCCCUCUUGGUUUCCUUGUGUCAGUUAUCAUGAUAAAAUCAUCUCUGUGCCAU